UGAAAUUGAUAUCUUUUGUGCUGAUAGCCGCGACUCUUGUGUUCAUUACUCAUUCCCACUACUAAAUAUAUCAUAGCAUAAUCUAAUUUCAAAUGUUUACAUCUCAUUUAUAGAAAUUAUUAUUCUUAAAAUAUUUGUUAUUCAUUGAUCACUAAAUUUUAAAAACAAUUUCUUAUUUACUUGCGUUUUGUUUAUCUAGUGUUAAUAUUUUACUUUUGAGUUGCGUAGUAUGAGUUUGCCGUCAAGUCGCCAUUAAAACUAUCAAAGUCAUAAAACAUCAAGAUAAAAGAAUCAAGUAAUCAUUGUGGGAGAUAAACUGGUACGUUAUCAGUCCUCUUGAUGAUUCUCUAGUUAGCUGACGUCUACUAAUUUUUGGAUUUUUUAAAAACGAUCUAAAUAAAGGAUUGAAUUGCUCUUAUUCAUAUCAAAAAUAUUUGAUGCAAUGGAAGAUAUAAAAAUCAUUAAAACUCAAUCUACAAUUGAAGAACGAAAAAUCAUUUACGAAUGGAAAAUUAAUCAAUUUCUUUCAAUUACAAGUUCUCCCAUGAACUGUGCAACCCCCGACAGUAUAAUCGAAUCACCAGUUUUUUCAACGACUAAUAUACCUGGUGAUAGUUCAUGGCGUUUAAAAAUAUCUUAUGGGAGUAGUUCUUAUGGCCCCUAUUUAUCAAUAGCUCUGAAAUAUUGUGGUGGUGUUGAAAAAAUAAAAGCUAAAUAUUCAAUAUGUAUUAUUGACGAUGAAAAAAAUAGACAAUUUAUACGUGGAGAACAGGCAUAUCAAACUUUCAAAGAUAGUCGAGAUUGUACUGCUCACUGUAUUAACGCAAAUGAACUAAAUAAAGAAAAAGAUCAAUAUGUACCUAAUGAUACAUUAACGGUAUCUCUUGAACUUACUGAACUUAUGGUACGUUCUUACACUAGUAUUCCUAUCACUAAACUUCAAUUAGAAGAAUCGAAACAAAUUGUCGAUGAUUUGAAAGAUCUUUUUCAUAGUAAAGAAGGCAGUGAUGUUGUUCUAAUUGUGGGAGAUAAGAAAAUUCCAGCUCAUAAAACUUUACUAAUGAAUCAAAGUAAUGUAUUUCGUGAAAUGUUAACGUGCCACCAGAAGAACAACAAAAAUAAUGAAGUAAAUAUCCCUGAUAUGAAUUAUGAUAUAUGUAAAAAACUAUUAGAAUUUAUUUAUACGGGCAAUGUGACUAAUUUUGAUGAAGUUGCUGUACGUUUGUUUGAAGCAGCAGAUAAAUAUCAGAUACCAGCUCUUAAAAAGUUAUGCGAAAAAUCAUUCUGUAAGAACGUUAAUGGUGAAAAUGCUGUUCAAUAUCUUGUUUUACUUGAUCGUCAUAAUGCUGAUCAAGAGUUUUUGAAUUAUAUAGCAGAUUUCAUUGCAAACAAUUCAAAGAUUUUUACCGUAUCCGAAUAUAUAGCAUUACUAAACACUAAUCCAGCAUUAUUAUUGAUUUUAACAACAAAAAUUAACAAUCCUACAAAAAAUAGAAUGAACAACAUCUUGGAAAAUCAAUACUACAACAAAAAAUGGUCAUUUUUAGUUUUAUUAUUAUCAGUUAUAGUCCUUAACUUUGGACUUAAUUUAAACCCUUCAACUUUUUUUUUCUGGAUUGGUUUAAUUUUAAUAAUAUAUUUGGCUUGAAAAAUUUUUAUUUUUGAUUUCCUCAAUUUUUUUUUUUUUUUUUUUUUUUUUUACCCUUCAAAAGCCCUUUUUUUCUGAGAUGUUGAAUUUUUUUUUGAUAACCGGUUCAAAAGAUAUCGAAUUUUGAAAAAUACUGUUUUUUUACGGUUUUUUACUGAUAACUUCUUAGGGAAUGGUUCAAAUCAAAAUACUCACUAAAUGAAAAUAAAUCGUUUCUCCAUGGACUUUUCGAAAAAUACAAAAAAAUUAUUUCAAGUGUUUCAAUACGUGUUUUCUGAUUUUUACAAUUUAAAUUGGAUUUUUAAAAGUGAGUGCAUAUUUUGAUUUUCUCCAAAAUUUUUUACAGUAAACUACUACUCAAACCACAACUUUUCAGGCCAGUCUAGUCGUGGAUUCUCAAUGGCUACUAUUUUUUUUCAAUUUUUGAAAAUUAAAAAAAAAAUUUUUUUCUCUAUUUUAUCAAAUUUUAUCACUGGUUUCUCUCUUUCAAUGUAGUUUGAAAAGCUUCACGUUUAUUUAUUAUUAUAAGAAGCAUAGGAAAUUGUUAAUAAUUAAAAAACUUUUAUUCAAAGAAAGAAAAUAUUUAUUGCAGGAAGUUGUAUUGAAAAAUAAUCAUUAGUCUUUUUUAAUUAUUAACCAUUUCCUAUGCUUGUUAUAAUAGUAAAUGAACGUGAAGUUUCUCAAAAUACGUUGAAAGAGAGAAACCAGUGAUAAAAUUUGAUAAAAUGGAGAAAAAAAAUUUUUUUUCAAUUUUCAAAAAUCGAAAAAAAAAUCGUAGCCAUCGAGAACCCACGACCAGACCGGCAUAAAAAGUUGUGGUUUGAGUAGUAGUUUACUGUAAAAAAUUUUGAAGAAAAUCAUAAUAUGCACUCACUUUUAAAAAUCCAAUUUAAAUUUUAAAAAUCAAAAAACACGUAUUGAAACACUCGAAAUAAUUUUUUUGUAUUUUUCGAAAAGUACAUGGAAAAACGAAAUUUUUUUAUUCAGUGAGUAUUUUGAUUUGAAUUAUUCCCUAAGAAGUAAUCAGCAAAAAACCGUAAAAAAGCGGUUUUUUUUUUCAAAAUUUGAUAUCUUUUGAACAAGUUAUCAAAAAAAUCUCAACAUCUCGGAAAAAGAGUCUUUCGAUGGAUACAAAAAAAUAUAAAAAAAUUGAGGAAAUCAAAAAUUGAAAUUUUUUAAACCUUUCGAUUUGGCAUUGAAUGCCCCAUUUACAAUAAUUAUUGUAUCAAUUAUAUCAGUGCACUUAAUAUUAUCUCUGCUAGUUCAUGCUCAAAAAAGCUUGUUCAAUAAAAAAAAAAAUGAUUAUUUUGUAUUUUUAAUUUUUCAAUAAAUACUCAUACUUAAAAAAUAAAUCAUAACUACGGAUAAAUUUGAAUAAAGAACAAGUUCCUUAAUAUUUUCAUUUUUGCUUAUCGUGGAUGUGAAAAAAAAAAAAACAAGAACUGAUCCUCGUGUUACAUAAAUUUCAAAUUAUUUACAUACGUUAGAAUAAAUGAAUUCAAAUCCUGUUUACAAACACUCAAUAAGGUAUGAAGUUUCAUCAAAUUGAUGACUAAAAAUUAAAAAAAAAAUUGCACCUAUAUAGUUUUUUAAACUUUCUGCAUGUGCAUAUUUUUAUUUUUUUUUUUUUUUUUUAAUAAUUGAUUUGUUGAAAAAAGAAUCCGGAAAUUGUUAACUGUCUGUUAAUUUCCGGAUCAUAUAAUCAGUCCGCGCAUUUUUUCAAUCUCAUUAUUUGAAUUAGUCAAUUUAAUUAUCGAAGAUUUAUGUAUUUUCUCAUAUCUUUUACAUUCCCACUUAUCAUUAAUCAUAAUUUUUGAAAAACAAUUUCUUAUUUAUUGGCAUUUCAUUUUCUAAUGUUUAUAUCUUACUAUUGAGUUACGUAGUAUGAAUUUUCCGGCAAGUCACCAUUAAUAAAACUAUUAAAGUCAAAGAUAUCGAGAUAGAAGAAGCAUUCAUUCAUUUCUUCUUGCGAGAAUCAGUGAUACGUCAACAGUAAUUGUUAUACUUUCGCGCAUUGCAUUAUAAUACGUUUCAUAUUGUUGAUUUAAGUAAAGAAUCGAAGUUUUUUUAUUUGUAUUGAUAUUAUUUGACGCAAUGGAACAUAUAACAAUUGUAAAAGCCCAUUCUAUGAUGGAAGAACGGAAAAUUACAUAUGAAUGGAGAGUAGACCAGUUUCCUUCAAUUAUGCGAUUUCCUGGAUACAAGACAGACUACAGUUUAAUCCAUUCACCAGUUUUUUCAACAAAUAAUAAACAUGGUGAUAGUUCGUGGCAUUUGAAGAUGAAUCUUCAGUAUUUAUUUCAAUUUGGCGAAUGGUUUUCGAUAGGUUUGACAUAUUGUGGUUCUCAUCAAUCAAUAAGAGCCCAUUAUUCGAUAUUUGUUAUUGAUCAUGAAAAAAAAAAACGAUGUGAACUAAUGGGAAGUAAAAUUUUCAAAAAGCAUGAAGGAUAUAAUAUUCGGCCACCUGGUCGAGUAACUGAUCUAUUUAAACAAAGAAGUAAAUUAAUACCUAACAAUUCAUUUACGGUAUUGCUGGAACUUACUGAAUUUUUUGUACGUUCUUACACUCGUCGACCUAUCACUACAUUCCGAUUAAAAAGAUCGAAACAAGUUGUCGACGAUUUUCCAGCUCUUUUUCAUAGUAAAGAUUACAGUGAUAUUAUUUUACUUGCUGGUGAUAAGAAAAUUCCAGCUCACAGAGCUUUACUAAUGCAUCGAAAUAUUGUAUUCCGUGCAAUUUUGACAUGUCACAAGAAAAAUGAAGUAAAUAUCAUUAGUAUGGAUCCUGAUAUCCUUGAAAAACUAUUAGAAUUCAUUUAUACGGACAAUGUGACUAAUCUUGAUGAAGUUGCUGAACGUUUAUUCGGAGCGGCAGAUAAUUAUCAGAUACCAGCUUUAAAAAACUUAUGCGAAGAAUCGCUUUGUAAAAACGUAACUGUUAGAAAUGCCGUUAAAUAUCUUGUUUUACUCAAGCGUCAUAAUGCUAACGAAAAAUUUUUGAAUUAUAUAGCAGAUUUCAUUGCAAUCAAUUCAAAAAUAAUUACCGAAACUAGAGAAUAUAAAGCAUUACUAUACACUAAUCCAGUAUUAUUGAUGACUGUUUUAACGAAAAUUUGCAAUAUUAAAUAGAAAAAAAGAUUAACAUCUUGACAAUUCAAUACUGCAGCGUAAGCCGGGUAUUUUUUAAUUUAUUAUUAUGAGUUAUAAUCCUUAACUUUGGACUCAAUAUCUCUGCUAAUUUGUGUCUGUCAAAGUAUAUUUUGUAAAACAAAACAAAUUAUUAUUUUGUAUUCUUAUAAUCUUUUAAUAAAUAGACAAACAUCAAAAAUAA